UUUACGAUUGUUCGUUUGCUAAUUCACUUUCGAUUAUGCACUUAAGUUAUCGAAAUCCCUAUGCCCUUUUCCAAUGCAGCUAACUUCAUUAAUAAGAUCCGUUAGGUCGCCUUGCAUUGCUGCCAAGUGAAAAAAAUUUAUAGCUUAAACAAACAAAUAAAAAUGUGUGAUUACGAGCACGAAUACUCCUUCAACUUUGACGAGAGCUUAAUUGAGAGUGAGCUCAGCAACUGCCCGUGGGACUGUGGAUUCGAGAGCAUGUGGCAGUGCAUUGGUGAGGAGCUACGACGUGAACAGGAGGCCAACGAGUUGGAGCUCAUAUUUCGGGAGAAGCUAGUUCUGCAAUGCCAUUCUCAAAUGGAGUUCUGAAUAUAAUUAGCGUCAAACGAAUCUUUUGUGAUUAUUGUUUAGUCAACAGCAUUUUUGAUAAAUGCAGUCUUUAGUUAAGAAAAUUGUUUGUACAGUCCUCGCAAUAUCACCAAAAAACCUUCGUUAGGUUAUUUAAUUAACUGGAGCACACACUCCGCUCCAAAUUUCGUUCAUCAAUUGUAAUCUAUUCGAAACGAGUAUGUUUAUAUUAUAUAUACAUACAUACAUAUUUCAAUUUUCGCUAGUCCUAAUAGUCGCAUUAGACCAAGCACUUCGUAAUGCUGUGAAUUAGAUACAUUCAUAUAGAAAUUUAUUAUUAAUUUUGUUAUUUAUGUAAUUUCGUUUGAACAGUAUUUGUGCUUCCAGUGAUGCAAUCAUCACUUUAAUUUAGAACAAUCUCCCAUGUACAAAUAUACAGUUAUCAUAGAUAUACACAUAGAUAUUUAUAAAUUGGCCAUAAUUAGCAAUAAGUCAAAUGUAAAUGUCAAGCUUGACAUUUAAAUAGAUUUGGCAUGUCAGCAUUGAUCCCACGUCGCGAAGCAAAACAAUUUUGCUGUUUGUGAGUGGGAAAAACAAUUGCGAUUGCAGCCAAUUACCUAAAUGUAUGUCCGCCCAUAUUUAACACGAGAUUUACAACUCAAUUUUAAAAAUCGGACAUCUUGAUCUAAGAACACAAGCAACAUUAAACGAUGUUGACAGACUUUCCCAGUGUCAUUUGCAUAAGCCCGACCAUAAAAGGGGCACCAGAUCGGAUUGGCGAUCAGUUAACAUCCAACUAAGCUGCAAAUUACAAACGGAAUUCACUAUGAAGUGGUUCAAUUUGUUUCUAUUUUUCGGCGUAUUGGCUAUGAUCGGUAGCCUUGGCACCCUGACUGCCGCCGAGCCUGUGCCGGAACCCAAGGGACGACCCCAUACAACUCGCCGGCCGAGGAAUGAGAACGACGAGGAUCGCCGCUAGCAGCUCAAGCCCAUCAGAUGCAUUAAGCAGAAAUCCGUUCGGGAUGCACAAACACACAAAAUUUUGGUCACGGUGAAAUGUUUCGGUCUGGAGACAAUGCAAUUUGUUGAAGUUCUAGUUUUGUAACAACGCAAGCUCGAGCAAAAAUAUUCAAAUUAAACACGUUUUCAAUCAUU